AUGCUUCUUGGGGGUUUCGGUCUUACCUUCACAGCACUCUCCAUUCCAACUCUGGCUUCAGCCCAAGAUUUCUCCUGGCGCGCCUAUAAAACCACAGUAUGCAACCACAACGCAAACCCAGGCGAUGUUUGGCCAAGCAACAGCGUGAGGCCAAACACUGGAUCAUUCGGUCUCUGCUACAGUCUUCCACCUCAAGAUCCCUGGAUUGCGCUUGAGAUUGAUCAUGACUUUAAUGACGGGCCUUACGCUGUCAUCACGUACUGCAAUCGUCGAUGUCAAGGCAAUGCGUCGCCGCGCCAGAAGGGAAAAUAUUGCUAUACCACCCCUCAGCCUGAUUGUAUCAUCUCUUCUUUCUCUGUGAGAUGA